AUGGCUGAUUUAGAAGCAGUAUUAGCCGAUGUAUCCUAUUUAAUGGCGAUGGAAAAAUCGAAGUCAACACCGGCAGCGAGUGCUAGUAAAAAAAUCGUACUACCAGAUAGAACUGUCCGAAGUGUUACUCAUAAACAUUUACAGAAAAUGUAUGAAAAUACAUUUGAUAAAAUAUUUAAUCAACAAAUUGGAUUUUUAUUAUUUAAAGAAUAUUGUCUCAGUAUUUGUGAUGAACCAGUACCACAACUCAAAUUCUAUGAAGAGAUUAAACGAUUUGAAAAAUUAGAAACGGAUGAAGAAAGGUGGAAAAUAGGAAAAGAAAUUUAUGAUCAAUUUAUUAUGAAAGAAUUAUUAUCAAAUUCUCAUACUUAUUCUCAAAAAGCCGUCGAUAGUGUACAGAAACAUUUAUCAAAAUAUAAUCCAAAUAAUCCAAAAAAUUCGUUACCAUCUAGUUUAUUUGAACCAUAUAAAAAAGAAAUCUGUGAUCUACUCAGGGGACGAAUAUUUGAUAAAUUUAUGGAAUCAGAAAAAUAUGCGAGAUUUUGUCAAUGGAAAAAUUUAGAAUUAAAUAUACAGUUGACAAUGAAUGAUUUUAGUGUACACAGAAUUAUCGGACGUGGUGGUUUUGGAGAAGUAUACGGUUGUAGAAAAGCAGAUACGGGAAAAAUGUAUGCAAUGAAAUGUUUGGAUAAAAAACGUAUUAAAAUGAAACAAGGUGAAACACUAGCGCUCAAUGAAAGAAUUAUGUUAUCACUUGUCAGUACUGGAGAAGGCUGUCCAUUUAUUGUUUGUAUGACAUAUGCAUUUCACACUACAGACAAAUUAUGUUUUAUUCUUGAUCUCAUGAAUGGCGGCGAUUUACAUUAUCAUUUAUCUCAACAUGGUGUAUUUAGUGAAAAAGAUGUAAAAUUUUAUGCAGCCGAAAUUAUUUUAGGAUUAGAACAUAUGCAUUUACGAUCAAUUGUCUAUAGAGAUUUAAAACCUGCCAAUAUUCUUCUUGAUGAACAUGGUCACGUGAGAAUAUCUGACCUUGGAUUAGCUUGUGACUUUUCUAAAAAGAAACCACAUGCCAGUGUAGGGACACAUGGUUAUAUGGCACCAGAAGUUCUGGCUAAAGGUGUUGCAUAUGAUUCAAGUGCCGAUUGGUUUUCAUUUGGAUGUAUGAUUUAUAAAUUGCUCAAAGGUCACAGUCCAUUUCGUCAGCAUAAAACCAAAGAUAAACAUGAAAUUGACAAGAUGACAAUGACCAUGACAAUUGAAUUACCUGAAACAAUGACAAAUGAAAUGCGUGGCCUACUAGAAGGUCUUUUGCAACGUGAUGUUGAUAAAAGAUUAGGAUGUUUAGGAAAAGGAGCUGAAGAAGUGAAAGAUCAUGGAUACUUUAAAGAUUUGGAUUGGAAACAAGUUGCCUUACAAAAAUUAACUCCACCUCUAAUUCCACCAAGAGGUGAAGUGAAUGCAGCAGAUGCAUUUGAUAUUGGAAAUUUUGAUGAAGAUGAUACUAAAGGAAUUAAAUUAACGGAAGCUGAUCAAGAAUUAUAUAAAAAUUUUCCUAUUGUUAUAUCAGAAAGAUGGCAACAAGAAAUAGCUGAAACUGUGUUUGACACUGUUAAUCAAGAAACGGAUAAAACUGAACAAAAACGUCGUGCUAAAUUCAAACAAAAUAAUAUUUAUGAUGAUGAAAAAACGUCAGAUCUCAUAUUGCAAGGCCAAUUGAAGAAAAAUGCUGGCACAUUUGGAUUUUCAUGGCAAAUACGUUAUGCAAAAUUAUAUCCAAAUAGAUUAGAAUUACACUAUGAAAAAGGGGAUAAAGAUCCAGAAGUAUAUACAAUGGAACGUAUUGAACAUAUCGAUUCAAAAGAAUGUAAAGGACAAAAAACAAUUACAAUUCAUUUAAGAGGUGGAAAUGAGCCACGAUUAAUGCUUUCACCACAAGAUGAAGUGAGUUUUAGUGAAUGGCGCAUCGCUCUGUCAGAAGCAUUAAACAAAUCAACAAUGACAUUACAUUCAUCGAAAAAAAUUGGUCAGUUGUGUGGUGGUGGUGGUGGGCAAUAUCGUCUAUUGACAACAAUCAAUGGACAAUAA